CCUAAGAUGGCCGCCGCGCCGAGGGGCCGGGCGCAGCGGCCCCGCCCCGCGCUAUAUGAGGGGCGGCGGCGGCCGUGAGGCGGCAGGCGGGCGGCUGGUAGUACCGAGAUAUGGCUCUGCUUCGGGACGGCGUGCAAAGCAAGCUGAGGUCUGUAUCUGUAGACCUGAAUGUUGAUCCUUCUCUUCAAAUUGAUAUACCUGAUGCUCUGAGUGAAAAGGACAAAGUGAAGUUCACGGUACAUACUAAGACUACGCUGCCAGCUUUUCAAAGUCCUGAGUUUUCAGUUACAAGGCAGCAUGAAGAUUUUGUGUGGCUGCAUGACACACUCAGUGAAACUGAGGAGUAUGCAGGACUCAUUAUACCUCCAGCCCCUUCCAAGCCUGACUUUGAUGGUCCCAGAGAGAAGAUGCAGAAACUAGGGGAAGGAGAAGUAUCUAUGACCAAAGAAGAGUUUGCCAAAAUGAAGCAAGAGCUAGAAGCUGAAUACCUCGCUGUCUUCAAGAAGACUGUGUCAUCACAUGAAAUCUUCCUUCAGCGGAUUUCUUCUCACCCUGUGCUCAGCAAAGAUCACAAUUUUUGUGUUUUCUUGGAGUAUGACCAGGAUCUGAGUGUUCGGAGGAAAAACACGAAAGAGAUGCUUGGUUUCCUUCUAAAAAGUGUGGUAAAGAGUGCAGAUGAAAUCCUCUUGUCUGGAGUCAAGGAAGUAGAUGACUUUUUUGAGCAAGAGAAGACUUUUCUUGUAAACUACCACAACAGAAUCAAGGACGCAUGUGCAAAAGCAGAUAAGAUGACAAGAUCUCGUAAAAAUAUUGCAGAUGACUAUAUUUAUACUUCAGCUUGCUUGAACAGCCUGGCAUUAGAAGAACCUACAGUUAUCAAAAAGUACUUGCUGAAAGUUGCUGAACUCUUUGAGAAACUCAGGAAGGUGGAGAGUAGAGUUUCAUCUGAUGAAGACUUAAAGCUCUCUGAACUGUUGAGGUACUACAUGCUCAAUAUAGAUGCUGCUAAGGAUCUUCUGUACAGACGUGCAAGGGCUCUUGUUGGUUAUGAAAAUUCAAACAAAGCUUUAGACAAAGCCAGGCUAAAGAGCAAGGAUGUCAAUCUGGCUGAGGCACAUCAACAGGAUUGUUACCAGAAGUUUGAAAAGAUUUCAGAAUCUGCAAAACAAGAAUUGAUAAGCUUCAAACAGAAGAGAAUAACAGCCUUCCGCAAAAACCUAAUUGAAAUGGCAGAACUGGAAAUAAAACAUGCAAAGAAUAACGUCUCUCUCCUGCAAAGCUGUAUUGACUUGCUCAAGAACUAAGGAGCCUUAUUCUGAAAAUGUGAAGGAAUUUAAAAAAAAAAAAAAAAAUCAAUUGCACUCAAUGGCUGGGGUAACUUAUUGGCUCAAUUUCAUAAGCUUAAAAUAAAUAUUGUCACUGAGGUUAUUUGACUAGUACUUAAAUAUGUUGAUAGUGAUGUUGACUUCCUUGGUAUAAAUGAGAGCAGAACUGCGUAUGAAUUUUCUGGAUGUAGCUACAUCCUGUUGACUGAUAACUCAAAAUGAGUCAAAUGUUGGGGGGGAAAAAUUAAUUUGCUGUUGACUGAUUCUUCAUCUAGUGGAAAAUCUUUUUGGAGAAGAAUUCCUAUUUUCCAGGAUCGCAAAGCAGUCUGUUGUUGUAGACUUGAUAUUUGAAAGUUGCAAGUGGGAAUAACUUAUGUGUAGAAAUUUUAUAAAGUAAAUACCUUUAACAUUCCAUUUCCCAGAUGGAUUUCUACUACAGUAUAUUUUGAAUUUGUAUAACUACAUUCAGUAUUUGUACACUUGGGUGAUACAGCAAAUAAAGAUAUCUGACUAAACAA